CUUGGACGGGUGAUACGCGCAGACAGCCGUGUGGGGAAAGAAAGCAGAAAUUACCAACAACAAAUGAUACAAGCGUGGCUCUGGGGAUCUUGGACUGAACCAGAUGGAUGAAGUUUAUCGCGAAUGGUCGUGUUUUAGGUGACCCUGUAGGUUUGCACUUUUAAUGACCGAGCAGGCGUUUGGGGAUAAAAGGAGAGCAGGCGGAGACAACGGCGUAAGCCAGACUCUCAGGUUACGAGACAGUAAGCUGUAACAUAAUAAAGACCACUGUUUAACACCAAAGGAAAGCCUUUGGCCGAUCUCUUUCGUUUUCUUUAUUAUUUCUUUGUCGUUUCGGGACACAGCGAUUUUUUUUUCUUUUAAAGGGACCGAGUCUUCUAAAGCAGCAGUGUGUUAGCCAGUUUGGCAAUUGUUGUCAUUUUGUUGCAAAGACCGCUCUCCGUGUAGACACACUGCUUUCUUUCUCCUGGAGCUUUUCAACCUCCAGAAUCUCCUUCUUUUAUCUUUUUGAUGGGAACAGAAAACGAGCCUAUGCGCGCCACACCGCUCAUUAAAAUAACAGCAAAAAUAUUUAGUGAACUGUGUCCUCCCGUGCCAAAGACCUUUAGUUAAGACCUUUUGCUUUUUUUCCCCUUCAUUUUUUCCUGCAUUAGUAAAUAGUGAGUCUUCUGCGCUGCUGAGGGAACGCCGCUCUUAGUAUUCCGUUUUUGUGGGAAACUUUCCAGUUUGCUGAAAGCGCAGAAAGUUGGAGAAGGAGCCUCCUUUCUAGCUACCCUCCUCCCACCUCUCCCUCACACAUUAGUGCCACAUUGGAGGUAUGGAGAACGGGGCCCACCAGCUAGCGGGUCAUAAUGGUUUAACUGGAGAGGAUGUGGGUGCUCCAGACGAUAAUAGGAAACACAACAAUCAUUGCCAGCCGCUGCAAGACAUGGGUGAAAUCCUCCAGCAGAUCAUGGCCAUCACAGAUGAGAGUCUGGAUGAGGCCCAGGCCAGGAAACAUGCUUUAAAUUGCCACAGAAUGAAGCCCGCCCUCUUCAGUGUCCUGUGUGAGAUCAAAGAAAAGACAGAUGGUGAAAGAGCUAGAAGCACUACUGCAGGAGGAGCGUCAUAACAACAGACGCUUUUGACUGAGAAAUUCAAGGGAGCAACAGGAUCGUCUAAUCUGGGUGAUUAACAUUAGGAAUCUGUGCCAGCGGUUGAGGUGAUGUAAUGUUUAAAUAGGUCUAAUUUUUUGUCAUUUAUAUGGAAGCAGGAAGGUUGAUUUAGUGACUUUAGACUCGCAUAAUACUCCUGCCUUACAUAUCCUUCAUUUAUUCCCACCUCUUUAGUUAACGGCUCUGAUUUUGAAUUUGUAGUAAGUGAACAAAACCUGUAUUUAACUUGGCAGUAAAGCUUCCUAAAUUAAAUUCAGUUGAGAACUGCUUUUACACAAAGUACAAAGAAGUGUGAGUUACGCUGUAACUCACACUUGGUAUUACCUCACUUAGCUUGGAAACAGGAAGCUUAAGGUUGGCAGCAGGAGGGAUUCAGAGUUUCCGAGGUAAGUGAUUGUCUCACCUGCUUUUUUCCAUCCUAGCUGCCCAA